AUGGGCAACGAUGAGAUCUUUGAGGAUCUUUUUAUUUCCGACACGGAGCCCGAGGAACUUUACGAGGAGCUUGGCCCCAUUGGCGUCGGCAACUACGGGUCCGUCAUAAAAGCCCGCAACCGACAGACGCAGGCGAUUGCGGCCAUUAAGCUCGUGCUUCUUGUUGACAAGGACGAGCGUGACUUUGUGCAGAAGGAAAUCAGCAUCCUGAAGAAGUGCGUUCACCCUAAUAUUGUGCGAUAUUACGGAGCUCACAAGUCGCUUAGCAAGCUGUGGAUUGUCAUGGAGUACUGUGAAGGCGGGUCGGUGGAUAUGGUGUACAAAGUGUUGCGGCACCCGCUGCCGGAGAACCUCAUCGCGUACGUCUGUCGUCAGGUGCUGCUUGGACUCCAGUACCUGCACGCGAACCGAAAAAUUCAUCGUGAUAUCAAAGGUGGCAACAUUUUGCUCACUCGUGAUGGUGACGUGAAGCUGGCAGACUUUGGCGUUAGCACGGAACUGUCCCAUUCCCUGUCACGGCGGAAUACAUUUGUUGGGACGCUGCUUUGGAUGUCCCCCGAGGCGAUUCUUGAGCUGGACUACGAUGAGAAGGCGGAUUUGUGGAGUUUAGGCAUCACGCUGAUUGAGAUGGCAGAGGGGGCACCGCCGUAUAUUGAUACGCAUCCCGCCCGAGCACUCUUCAUGAUCCCAAAGGUGGAUCCCCCAACGUUGCAUGACAAGGAUCGGUGGUCACCGCAGAUGGCCCUCUUCUUGAAGCGGUUGCUGAUAAAAGACUAUCGCCUGCGACCCACCGCGACAGCUAUGCUUAACGACCCAUUUGUGGCACCGGAGAAAAUUGGAACAAAGGAACAAAUGAAAGCGGUCAUUGAUGAGGUGCUUGCGAAGAAGGAGGCGAUGAGCCCACAACGGCUACACGGUGAGACGAAUUCCAGUGCGACGUUUGUUGAGCGUACAUCUACGGACACUGACGGGGAAGACGGGGUUACCAACGACACCUGUACCAGCGGGAGAGCGCCCACUGGCGCGAAGGUCCCUGCUAAUACUUCUCCCGUGGCUAUGGAGGCAAUUGACAUCACUGGAGCACAUCUUUUUUUUCACGACGGUACAUUGCUGCCGUUACCAAUGCUCUCUACACAUGACAUUGGGUUCGAUGAGCUGGGGCUUGGCCGAGAGGGAAUUGGACCGUUCGCCAAGCCAGUGCCUGACGCCGAAUCAUUACUUGUUCCACCAGAACAACGUUCAACGGCUUUACACGGCAGUGGCGGGCUUGCAUACACUAUGCAUGUCACUCAGACGCUCAAGUCAAUGUUGUAUUACCACAAACAGUUACCGUUUUUCCGAGAGGUGACGGACACGGAGGCGAUCAAGUCCAAAGAACUCCAGCUGAAGUACGGCUCUAUUUUGAAGAGCAUCUAUCGCCUGUAA